AUGCAUACCAUAAAUCUUGACAAUUAUAGUAGUGGAAUAUCUGCCGACACUUCAAUAAAGCUCAACGAAGCUAUUCGCUACAUUUCCAAAUCCAAAAAGGCCACCGUCAUCACAGGAGCAGGAAUUCUGUGUAAUGCAGGCAUACCCGAUUUCCGAUCAGAAAAUGGGUUAUACAACAUGAUUAAACAUAAAUACCCCAAGCAAGUUGUACGAGGACAAGAUCUUUUCGAUAUCAACUUAUUCCGCGAUGAAACUUCGUUGGAGAUUUUUUGUACAUUUAUGGAACGAUUGUAUCAUUAUAGCUUACUAGCUAAACCUACUGAAUCUCACAAGUUUAUAAAACAUCUAAAAGAUAAGGGGAAGUUGUUGCGUUGUUAUACGCAGAAUAUCGAUUCUUUGGAACAAAAUGUGGAUUUGAACUUGGGAAUCAAUCAACAGGAUUAUGAAAACGGAGUAAAUGCCAGUGUCUCCAGUAGUGGUACCGGUGGUGCUGGUGGAGGAGGAGGAGGAAAGUUUCGUCAAUUUUGGAACAGCUUGGAUGUGGUUCAAUUGCAUGGAAACUUGCAUAAACUCUCAUGCACCAACUGCUUUGCUGAGUUUGAAUGGAACAAUGAAUACAAGAGUAUGUUUAAUCAAGGUGUCAAUCCCGAAUGCACAAACUGUUAUUCCAAGUACCAAGAAAGGUUGUAUCUGGGAAAACGAAUGACUGGGAACAUUGGGUUACUAAGACCUGACAUUGUUUUGUACGGAGAAAACCAUCGCCAACUGGAGAUUUUAAGUCAAGGUUUAAACAAUGAUUUGAAAAGUAAGCCUGAUUUAUUGAUUAUCAUGGGUACAUCUUUGAAAGUUGAUGGUGUUAAGAAACUAGUCAAGAGCUUAAGUAAACAGAUUCAUGAACGUGGGGGUAAAGUUUUGUUUAUCAAUAAGACCAGUUUGAGCAAAAUGUGGCACUCUUAUGUUGACUAUGAAAUUUUGUGUGAUUGCGAUCAAUUUAUUCGUAUAUUAAAGGCAGAGAUUCCUGAUUUGUUCUUGACUCAAGAACAAUUGGACUCGAAAAAGUUAAAGAGUAAAGCACAUGAGGUGAUACCUUUGCCUAGUGAUGCUUACAAAUUGUUUGUUAAGCAGGAGCUGGGUUAUGAUGUUAAAGUGAAGCAGGAGUACAAGGGUGUUCAAGUUAAAGUGGAAGCUGGUUCAGGUGCACUAAGCUUAUCGUCGUCUACCUCACCAUCAUCAAUACGAAUAAAACAAGAAACCACAAAUGAUAUAUUGACUCCACCAGAUACCCCAACCAAGAAAAGGAAAAGAGCUGUAAGCACGUCUACAACAUCUAAGCCUCCACAGCAAAAGAAGAUACCGUCUUUAAAACGAGAGCCAAAAGUUAAACUUGAAAAGAGUGAGAGCGAAAAUGAAGGAGGAAAGAGAAUGAAAGGAGCAAAGCUUGCAACGCUUGCAACGCUUGCAAAAGCAAGUGGAUCGCAUACAUCCUCGUCCUCUUCUUCUUCCGGUGAGUACAUGACACCUCCUUCAUCUUUUGAUGGAUCAAUACCGUUGAAGUCGUAUUCACUGCUGCAAUUAAACAAAAUACAACAGUAA